GACUAACGGCCCAAGGUUUGUGCUGCCCCCAGCCACAGCCGGCACUGACCCUAGUGUCGCCUGUACCUCAGCCCGCAUCCGCUGUGACACUUGGGCGGCGUUGAGAUGUGGGAUUGAGUCCUGUGUCUGCGGGCUCGGUGAAUUCUUCAUGUAUUAAGGAUUCAUUCAUUUACUCACCAUUUAUUGAAUGUCGCCUUUGUGUCAGGAACAAUUCUAGAUGCAUUGAACAAAAGAGACAAACUCCUUGCUAUCAUGGUACUUAUAUUGUUGUGGGCCAGAUAAGAAAUGAGCUCUGCCUUCUCAGGCCCUGUCCAUCCCCAGAAAGAAGAGGAAAUGACUGAGUCCCAGGGAACAGUGACAUUCAGAGAUGUGGCUAUUGACUUUACCCAGGAAGAGUGGCAGCAGUUGGAUCCUGCUCAAAGGAACCUGUACCGGAGUGUGAUGCUGGAAAACUAUAACAACUUAAUCACAGUGGGCUGUCCAUUCACCAAACCUGAUGUGAUUUUCAAAUUGGAGCAAGAAAAAGAACCAUGGGUGGUGGAGGAAGAAAUGUUACGGAGACACUGUCCAGGAGAAAUAUGGGGACUUGAUGAGCAUCAGAAUAUCCAGGACAGACUUUUGACACAACUUGAAGAUAAGUUCACAGAAACAUUGACUGAAGAAAAAGUCAAUGAAUGUCAUAAGAAAUUUGCAAAUGCAUUUUCUCCAAACUCAGACUUUUUUCAUUCCAGUCACAAUCUCUAUGACUGUAACUUAUUUGGAAAAUGUUUAGAACAUAAUAAUUUUGACUGUUACAAUAAUGAGAGAAUCCUUAUAAGAAAGGAAUACUGUGAAUAUAAUGAAUCUAUAAAGUCAUUUGGCAAUAGCUCAUCCCAUCUUGUAGUAACUCCCUUUAAGUGUAAUAAUUGUGGAAAAGGAUUCAGUGAAACCUUGGAUCUCAUCAGACACCUGAGAAUUCAUACUGGAGAGAAACCCUAUGAAUGUAAAAAAUGUAGAAAAGCCUUCAACCACAAGGAAAAACUCCUUAAACAUCAUAAAAUUCACAGUAGGGAGCAGUCUUAUGAAUGUAAUGAAUGUGGGAAAGUUUUCAUUAAAAUGUCAAAUCUCAUUAGACAUCAAAGAAUUCAUACUGGAGAGAAACCCUAUGUGUGUAAGGAAUGUGGGAAAUCCUUCAGCCAGAAGUCAAAUCUCAUUGAUCAUGAAAAAAUUCAUACUGGAGAGAAACCUUAUGAAUGCAAUGAGUGUGGAAAAGCAUUCAGCCAGAAGCAAAGCCUCAUUGCACAUCAGAAAGUUCAUACUGGGGAGAAACCUUAUGCAUGUAAUGAAUGUGGUAAAGCCUUCCCUCGAAUUGCAUCCCUUGCUCUUCAUAUGAGAAGUCAUACAGGAGAAAAACCUUAUAAAUGUGAUAAAUGUGGAAAAGCCUUCUCUCAGUUUUCCAUGCUUAUUAUACAUGUGAGAAUUCAUACAGGUGAGAAACCCUAUGAAUGUAAUGAAUGUGGAAAAUCCUUCUCUCAAAGCUCAGCCCUUACUGUACAUAUGAGAAGUCAUACCGGUGAGAAACCCUAUGAAUGUAAGGAAUGUAGAAAAGCCUUCAGCCACAAGAAAAACUUCAUUACACACCAGAAGAUUCAUACUAGAGAGAAACCUUAUGAAUGUAAUGAAUGUGGAAAAGCAUUCAUUCAGAUGUCAAACCUCGUUAGACACCAGAGAAUUCACACUGGAGAAAAACCCUAUAUAUGUAAGGAAUGUGGCAAAGCCUUUAGCCAGAAAUCAAAUCUCAUUGCUCAUGAAAAAAUUCAUUCUGGAGAGAAACCCUAUGAAUGUAAUGAAUGUGGUAAAGCCUUCAGCCAAAAGCAAAACUUUAUUACGCAUCAGAAAGUUCACACUGGAGAGAAACCUUAUGAUUGUAAUAAAUGUGGUAAAGCCUUCUCUCAAAUUGCAUCCCUUACUCUUCAUCUGAGAAGUCACACAGGGGAAAAGCCUUAUGAAUGUGAUAAAUGUGGGAAAGCCUUUUCUCAGUGCUCAUUGCUUAAUUUACAUAAGAGAAGUCAUACAGGUGAGAAGCCAUAUGUAUGUAAUGAAUGUGGAAAAGCUUUCUCUCAAAGAACUUCCCUUAUUGUGCACAUGAGAGGUCAUACAGGUGAGAAACCCUAUGAAUGUAAUAAAUGUGGAAAAGCCUUCUCCCAAAGCUCGUCCCUUACUAUACAUAUACGAGGUCAUACAGGUGAGAAGCCCUUUGACUGUAGUAAAUGUGGAAAAGCCUUCUCUCAAAUCUCAUCUCUUACGCUUCAUAUGAGAAAACAUACAGGUAGAAGCCUUAUCAUUGUAAUGAGUGUGGUAAGGCUUUCAGCCAAAAGUCACACCUUGUUAGACACCAGAGAAUUCAUACUCAUUAGAAUUAGAAGCCCUGUGAAUAUUGUAAAUAUGGAAAAACCUUCAGAAGGAAGUAGCACCUUCUUGCACAUUACAUAAUCAGUUCUAGAGCAGAAAACUAUGAAUGUGGGGAAGACUUUUGAAGAAGUCACACAUUUGUGAAACAUGAGAAUUCUUCCCAAGGUUACAAAUUGUAUAAUGAAAAAGUUGAUGAUCAGAAACCUUCAGCAGACAUUCUUAUCUAUUGAUAUUUAUUUUGUCAUUCUCAUUAAAACCUGAAACGAUAUCUGCUGUCAACUUAUCAAAAUGAUACUUGAGCUCCCAGCCAAUGCAUUAGCAAGAAAAAGAAGAUUAGGAAAAAAGAGAAAUUAUAAAAAUAACCUUUUAUAUGUGUAAAUAGUUGGGCGCCAGAUAUCAUGUCCCGUGUGAAAAGGGCUGGGGUUUUGAGGAGGGGCGGCAAUGGGUUAAGAAAUCACAAGAGUCAAAAAUAGAGUUUCUGUGGGCCAGGGAUCUUGUCUCUGCAGACUGAGAGAUCAAGCCCUGACCCUGGCUGGUGAAUAACUUUUAUUUACAAUUGUCACAAAGAAGUCAAUUUGAAUAUCUAUACCCAGUUAAUUGAUUCGAUUAGACCAGCAGCAGCUGCUUCACCGAAACUCAUUGUGAUCAAGCACGAGUUGUGCUUUCACACAUACUUAUACUCCCCGGGAUGGUCUCCGAGACCACCGGGUAAGGAAGUUUUACCGAGACCAUUCCCUCGGGUCUCAGCAUUCCAAGACACUUCCUUAUUUUUUCAGAGGAUCAGUGCACAGGAGCAUUCGAGUCGGCAGCUGCAAGGCGACAUAUAUGAGAAAUAGUUAAUUAGAAAAUGUGUUGAUAUAAAAUAUCUAAGAAUAAGCACAAGAAUGGAUUAUACAUAUAUAUGUAUAAAGUUAUAAAAUAUUUUGAAGGGCACAAAAGAACGCCUUUAAAAUUUAGAAAAACAACACUGUCUGAAAAGAUUUGACAUUGUAAAAAAUAUAAAUUCUUUCACAAAUCUCUAAGUUUAUAAAGUACUUCCACUCAAAGUUUUUGCCAGCUAGUUAUACUUAAAGAAUUUUACAAAAUGAUUCAAAAUUUUGCAUUGGACAGUAAAGAACUACAAAUAGCUGAAGAAAUUAUGGGAAAAAAAGAAAAGGCAGUCUACUAGAUAUCAUCACAUACUUUACUGGUGUCAUUUAAAUAAUGUGUUCUUGAGUAAAUAAAUCAGUGGAAACAGAUCAAGGAUUGGAGGAAGGAGAUGUAGGAAUUUUGUAUGUGAUAAUGCUAUGGAAAUAACUGGAAAAGGAUGGCCUAUUCAAUAAAUGGAAGAUUCAUAUUAACAAAAAGUAUUAGUUUUUAUCAUAUAUGUAUAUGGUAUAUGUGUAUGUGUAUACAAUAUAUAAAAAUUAAAUCCAAACAGAUUGAAGAACAGAAUAUAAAAAGCAAAAUUCUUAAACUAUGAUGAAAAUAGAAUAUCACUUUGGAGUAACAGGAUUUCUUUAAAAA